AACACACACACAGGUCCAUUCUCGUUAGUAGAUGCGCGAAGCGAAGGCAAUAAUUUUCAACACCUGAGUCUCUCUUUUACAGGUAUUAGGGUUUAUUUCAGUUAAAGGGGAAAACGACGACGAAGACAAAGACUAAAAGUUACCUAUUUGUUUAACUAUUUCGGUAGUUAUUCACUCGAUUUUGCCUAAUUGUGGGAGGAAUUAGAUGCGAAUUGGUCCAAUUUUAGCUCUACGGAUCUCUUCUGUAUUAAGCAAGGUGAUGAUGGUAUAAAUGGAUCCUGAAAGCAAGAAGUUUGGGAAAGGGCCUAGGGAACUUACGGGUGCUGUUGAUCUUAUAAGCUACUACAAAUUGUUACCUCACCAUGAGUUCUUCUGCAAAAAGCCACUUCCUUUAUCAAUUUCAGAUACACAUUACCUUCAUAAUGUUGUUGGAGACUCAGAAAUUAGGAAAGGUGAAGGAAUGCAAUUAGAUCAACUCAUUCAGAACAAUAAUAAUAGUACAUCAAGAGAGACAAAUACACGCAUACAGCCCUUUGACCUUGACACCUUAAGAGAAGCCUUUCAGUUGCGCGAGACUUCUUCUCCUGUUGACCUUCCAUCUUCAGAGAAAGGGACUCCUACUGUAGCAGGAAAAUCUAGAAGUGAAUCAAAGGAGAAGGAAAAGAAGCAUAAGAAACACAAGGAUAAAGACAGGGAAAAAGAUAAAGAACAUAAGAAACAUAAACAUCGCCAUAAAGAUCGAAGUAAAGAUAAAGAUAAGGAAAAAAAGAAGGAUAAAAGUAGUCAUCAUGAAAAGAAAAGGAAGCAUGAUGGAGAUGAAGAUAUCAAUGACAUUCACAGACACAAGAAAAGUAAGCAUAAGAGCAGUUCAAAGAUGGAUGAAAUGGGUGCAAUAAAGGUAGCAGGUUGAAUGUGGCAUUAUUAUUUGUCCACAAAUGAUGUUGCAAAUGGAAGAUUCACAGAGGUCCUUUACUUACUGCAGUCAAAAUUAAUUCAGAGGAGUUGGGGGAUUAACUAAAGAGAUGAUUAUGAAGAAGGUGAAUUCACCUUUGAAGUAGAUUUAAUUGGAGGUACAAAAUUAAUGGAAAAAAAAAACUUGUUUGUAUCAUAGAGAUGGGAUUUAGUUUCAUAUAUUCAAAACUUUGAUCUUUUAUUUUGGUUUUAGAAAUGUACACGUAGACUUUGGGUGGUUUGGUCAACAUAAAACAAAAUGUGAGUGUAUCAUUAUAUCAAUUUUGUGAACUUUUUUUUUUUUCAUCUUCUAGAAGCUUUAAGGAUAUGUUGUUUAUGACUUUAUGUAUUCUUUUUAUCAGUAGAAAUUGUUUAGAAUUUUGUAAAUUCUAGUUGCUAUGAAGGGAAAAGAAAUAGUGAUUGAGGAUUUUUCUUGUAAAACUUAUGAGCCUAGGCGGUGUUAAAAUGGAAUUUUAAAACACAUUGUUUUGAUA